CUUAUCGAAGGCCCAAUACCAAAUUUACGUCUCCUCUCUCUCUCUCCGAUCUCAAUAGAUCGCUGGAGUUGAGAGAGCUUCGGGACUUCGCGUUCCUUGACGAAGAAGACGAUACUUCUUCUCCUUCCAUCACAGCUUCACGCAAAUCUUUCUGCAGUUACAUCUUCUUAAGAUUCUGAGUUCCGACUUAUUUCGUGGAAGGAUUUUGAUAUUUCAACAGUGAUUUUAAUUUUAUACUGGAACUUAAGCAUCACUUAAUCUUCCGGCUAAAAUGAUGUCGCCGAAGCAAAUCUCCGACGAUCGAGGAUCUUCACAUUUCAGGCAUACACCAUUCCAGAUAAUCCACCUUAUUGGGAACUUUUUUAGGAUAUGGUCAGUAUAUUCGAUGUACCGAUACUUGAAUCAGACGGGAGCGCCUGUUGUUCUCUUUCUCUUCUGCUGUCUGGUGCCUUCAUCAAUCAUCUUCUUGAUAAUUCAAAAGCCAUGGAAAGGAAGGGCUCUUUCUAAUCAACAGAUUGUACCUUCUCUUAUCAAUGGAGUCAUCACGGCUCUAUACUUCAUCUUAUGGGGAAAAGGUCUCAAGUCUUGUGGACCUCUUAGAGCUAUCUUGUCAGAGUAUUCUGGUGCUGUUCUUGGAGUACUUUCUGGAGUAUUAUAUGGACGGAGAGGCCAUGUGUGGAAAAAGGUAGGUGGCCUCAUUGCAAUGCUGGUAGCUCUUUUUUUCUUGUCUCAAGGAUGGGCGACAUCAUCUCUCUCCCCUUUUUCAACAAAAGAUAGUACUGAAACCAAAGAGGAAGAAGUACAAACAGAACAAGCACUAGGUAUGAUGGGAAUGAUGAUACCAGUUUUUGCUGGAAUCUUAUCAGCAUUAAGGCGGGUUAUCGCACGCCGUGUUUCUCUAAAGAACCAGCAGAAGAAACGACUACAUGCGAUAACCAUUACUUCUGCAACCUGUUUCUUGUUCCCUGUGGCCAUGUGGGACCUUAUCAUAGGGUCAUCUUCUGGGAAAACAUCCGAGUUACCAUUUUCUGCGUGGGCUUUCCUUAGCACCAUUAUUUUCGGGAUCAUCCUAAUAUUCUACGUUGAUAAUAUCGCAGAAGAGAGAUUGCAUAUGGUGUUUUCUUCGCCGAGGCAUUUAAUGGUAGCAGGUGUAUGCAUAAUAGUCAUGGAGUUAGCUUAUGAGAUGGAUUUUUCUCUUCCCGGUUUCAUCGUUUGUUGCUUAGUAUUAGGGUUUGGAAUAUUCGAGGCAACAUCUCUAGAACGGAACAAGAAAGACUCUUCGUUGAAAUCAGAAGAUCCAUCAAACGGAAUCCUUGGUAAUAAUGACUUUGAUACUUCUCCAAUUCUUCCCAUAUAGCUCACCAAUCUUUCCCUACACUAACGACGAUGUACUGUUGAAUGUACUUGUCCUUGACGAUGUAAAUCUGUCUGGUUUUAUUCGUUUCUCAAUCUUUGUACCUUCAUUUUUCAGCUUUUUUUGUUUUCUUGGUGAAGCAUAUGCAAAUAUUUUGGUCUAACGUAGACAAAGAUGAUAACCCAUGAUGAUGAAUAUACUUACGGUUAUACGAAGAUAACUCUGUAGAAUGAUCGAAUUGAAAUUUCU